AUGGCGACGCGGGUUGAGGUCGGCUCCAUAGCUUCCCUGACGGGAGUGCCAGGCCUCGGCGAGAUCGCCCAGGAGGAGACCCUGAAGCGGACGUACUUCCGCCAGGCCGGUGACACCCCCGGGCCACCCUCCCCGCUGCUCUUGGAAGGAAAAAGCCCCCUCAGGAGCCCGGCCCGCUUACUCCCGCUGCCCAGACUUGCCCCCAAACCCUUCUGCAGGGAGAAGGUCCUGGACGUGAACCCCCCCGUCCCAUCCUUGGGGCCCGGCCCAACCAGCCCGUCUCCCUGUGGGCGCGCCCAGGACGUGGUGGCAAAGGACCUGGGCGAGAGGAUGCCUGGCUUGGUGGGGCAGGAGGCGGGGAACGGGGAAGGCCUGAGGAGAAGCUCGUCUUCGUUCAGCAAGGCUGCCUUCCCGCGGCCCCGACCCAGCACCAUGAUUCUCUUUGAAACCACCAAAGCCGGCCCCAUUCUGGGGAAGGGGGCCAAUGAGGGGGCUCGGGAGGCCACCACGGGCGUGUCUCAGGAGCCCGCAUUGGGCUCCCGGCCCGAGGUGGCCGCCAAGCCCGCCCUGCCCGCCCGAAAGCCUGCGACCCUUCCCCGACCGGCCUCCUUGUCGCAGGACACCAGGCCAGCUGCCCCCCAAGAAGAGAAAGGCCCAAACGAGCCUGUCUCAAAGGCCAGCGGUGUGGAGGACACGGGUGACCUCGCUCUGGAGCCCAGGCCUCUCCAGAGGAGAAGGCCUGUGUCGGCCAUUUUCAUCGAAUGCAUUCAGCCUCAGAAGCCAGGCCCAGGCGGGGCGGCCGCGGUGGGGAAAGCACCCCCCACCCCGCCUGAGAAGACAUGGGUGAGGAGGCCCAGGCCCCUGUCCGUGGACCUCACGGCCCGGUUUGAGAGCAGAGAGGCCUUGCUGAAGAAGGCGGCCGAUGAGGCCACUGCGGGUUCCACUGCCCAGUGUCGGGGGCCCGAGAGGUCCGACCCGGAGCCCAAAGUGGAUGGGGAGUGUUUGGUCAAAGCAAACCUUCGCCUUUGUGACCCAGACUCAGACUUCCCAGAGGUAGCCAAGAAACCCCGAGAACAGAAGGAGAGGGUGCUUUUUAAGCAGGCGGAGACAGGCAGCCUCAGAAGUGCUGGGGGCUCAGCCAGGGGCACCCCCACGGUUGACCAGCACCCCGGGGAGGAGAAAGUGAAGCUGCUCAGGGAGCCGGAGAAGGUGCCCCCGCCCCUCUCGCCCAGGCCGGGAAAAGACCAAGAAUUUGCUGAGGUUAGGAGCAGAGCCGCCGACGGGGAAAGCCGGCUGGAGGGUGGAUGGACCCUCAGGGGCAGCAUCAAGAAGGGCAUCAGCCUGUUUGGGGAGGAGAGCACUUUGGCUUUGGCUGCAGAAUCGGAACCCCCACCGGCCACCCCUGAGCCCCCGUUGGCUGCCCCAGAGCGUGGGAAAGCGGUUGUGAGCGUCCAGGAGCGGAUCAAAGGCUGGGCCGCUGAGAGCUCAGAGGCAAAGCCAGAGAUCAGGAGAAAGCCCUUCCAGGCACGGCCGUUGUCGGCGGAUCUGACCAAACCGUUUUCAAGCCCAGCUUCAAGCAACGAAGUCCGAUAUGAGAAGUGUUCUGAGCUAAGUGGCGAGCUUCCUCAGGAACCUGGAGAAAAGCAAAAGGAAGGGCAUGGUGUGGAUAGAGCAUCCGUCCUGAGAAGCUCCUGGAAGCCUGGAACGCUCCGAGAGAAGUCGAGGCAGACAGAGUGGAAGGACAGUCCUAACCAAGUCCCUGGCAACCAUCGGGGUGAGAGCUCGGUGGGGGCUCUGAGCCCUUCUGACAGCACUCCAGAAGAUGAUGGAAGCUUCCAGACUGUGUGGGCCACGGUGUUUGAGCAUCACGUGGAGAGACACACAGUGGCUGACCAGUCAGGACACCGUCCCUCGGCCACAGCCCCCAGAGAUGUGACUGAUGCCAGUGUCUCAGGGUUCAGACCCAGGCACGAGAGAAGCUCAUGGCUGGGGAAGGACCUGCCUGAAAAGACAGCCCUCAAGAAACAGAGCUCCAGAAGGUUCGAAAAUCCUGAUGCAGAGAAAUGGGGACAGACUGCCCUUUCAAAUGGUGAACCCAGACAGUGUCACGUGCCCUUCCCGGAAGAAUACCCUUUGGACGAGAAACACAAUAAGAACCCCUUCCUCCAACGUGCUGAAAACCCUCCCUCAUCCCAGAGGGUCGAGCCCAAGUAUGACAUGAUGCACACAGUGGGCAAGUGUGCGCACAGUGAGGCCGUCUCCGUGGCGUUGGAGGAAAGAGCCAUGACCCUGCGAAGUGGCAGGUCUCGGCUCUCACCAAAGGGGAGGCAGCAGGCCCGUGAGGUCACCCCUGCAGAGCCAGAGUACAGGCUGGAAGGUCAGGCGGGGUCCGUCCACAGGGCCAGUUUGAUUUGGGAAGCUCAAGGGACUCAUGAGGUCAGUGAGCCAAGGCCUGACUUCCGGGAGCCAAAGGACACGUUUGGGGGCAAUUGCCUGUCACCCAAAUGGACAGGGGGGGCGACCUUGAACUGGCAUAAAGCCACCGUGGUGGCCAGUGAAGAGAAAGGCUCGGAACUGAGCCCCGGGGCCAACAGCGAGCGCUCAGCCAGGUCGUGCGGCUCCGAAGUCCCUUCUGGGAGGGCCAUCCAGGUGGCUGUCUGGGAGGCUCCGCACGAGGGGCCCGCUGGGGCCAGAAACAAGUCAGGAGGCUGCAGCUCAGCGGGAGAAAGGGGUCCCCCCCGGGGGUGCCCUCUGGAUCCUCUCUGUCUGGCUAAGGACGAGCCCUCUGACUUCCGAGCCCGGCCACAUCCAGAAGCGCUUGUGCAGAGAGGGCCCCUCGCUGUGGCUUCCGGUGAGGGUGAACCCAGGCCAGCCCAGGCACCAGAGCCUGAAGUCAAGAUGCGGAAGGCGGGUCCCGCGGACCAGAGAUUCGAGAGGUGGCGACGGCGGACAUUACCGCACGACGUGAAGUUUGAGGAGUUCAGCUUCCUGGCCCCAGAAAACACCUCGAAGGUGGAGCAGAGGCGAACAGACCGUUUGAGCCCCACCGUCAGUGCCUUAAGAAAACCCCAGCUCUCCCACAACAGGGUGGAGGCCCAGGAGGAGAACCCAAGUGCUUCACAGGACCAGACUCGCCCAGCGGUGAAGCAACGGUCCUCUCUGGAACCCAAGGCGACAUUUUUUGCAGUGACAUAUCAGAUUCCUGACACUCAAAAAGCAAAAAGUACUGUUAAGUCAGGGCCCGAAAACUUGACGGAACAUUCUAGAAAACCAGCACCGCCUCCAUCUCCUCAUCCUCGAACACCUACCUUGGCUUCUCUUCACCAUGAAGGGCCACUGGAGAGCAAGGGCAGUAAAAACUGGACUAAGGGCAGAGAGCACGGCCACACAAGCUUUUCAAAGCCUCUGAAGCCAACAGACCGUCUGUCACCUCUUGGAGACAGGAUUCUGGAUCCUUCUGUUGAAAGAAUCAUGGAUGCCGACGCCUCGUGGAGUCAUCGGAGACCAGAAGAUGGCACCGGUUUUCAGAACAGUUGGAAGGAUUGUGGGACCAAGACGUCCCCCAGCGGCGCUCCCAAAACACCCCCGGCUUCCAAAAGUCACCCAGAAGCCAACGAUCUCCUCGCCAGAAGGGGCACUGAGGGGGUCAGUGCAAGGGUCCCGGGUAAAAUCAGAGAUGGCUACAGAUCCAGUGUUCUUGACAUUGACGCCCUGAUGGCAGAGUACAAGAAGCAGGAGGUGGAGGAACCCCUGGAGGGGGCACCCUCGGUGCCCAGCGGCUCGACUCAGGAGAGGCCAGGCCAUCUAGGCAGGGUGGAACCAAGAAGGAGGAGCUGGAAGGAGAGGCCCGAAGCCGAGGGUCUCCAGAAACAAGCAGGUUUCACCGAAGCAAACCACAGUUCCGCUCCUGGCCCUGGCAAGCCACGGGCAGAGACCCCGGGGGCAACCACAAACACCAAAUCCAGCUCUCCACUGUGGGCUCUGCCAGUCUCAGCUCCUUCUGAAAAAUAUCCAGGGGUUUCUUCAGGCCCCACCGGUCCCAGGAGAAAAGACUCAGGAAUCCCCGAGGAUGACAGAAGGGCCUUUGCUAGUAAACAUCAAGGUGCAAAGUAUUCAAAUUACCCAGCCGAGUCAAAGCCCCCAACCUGGGAGGAUCUGGGCAGUGGGGCCAGCGUGUUGCCCAAGUCAUCCCCCGCUCACCAGAAGAAAGGGACCCCGAGGAAAUCCAUCGGGACGGAAGAGGAGGCCAGUGUGUUCCAGUGGGGUGAUCACCCUUAUGACCGUGACAGGUCACAGCUGGAUGUCAAGAGAGCCUAUUCGGAGAAGGGUCCGCCUGCCAAAAUCCGAGAGGGCCUGUCUGCCAUGCAGGAAGCCAGAGAGAGGAGACGAGAGUGGCCCCAGGGGAGGUCCAGCCUCCCCGGAGACAGUUCUGAGGUCAAGGAGACCAAAAUGGGGCUCUGUCGGCGAGAGUCGGGGACUCGAGACACUCAGAAGGUGCUGCCACAAGACCCAGAGAGGGAGGAUGCCCCGCAGGACAGUGAGCAGCUACUCUGGCAGGUGUCCCCUGCAGCCUCGGGUCCCCGGAGAAGUCACAGUUUCUGCAAAGACAGGAGGAGCGGGCCUUUUGUGGACCAACUGAAGCAGUGUUUCUCCAGGCGGCCCCCUGAAGCCAAGGACACCGACACCCUCGUGCAGGAAGCCGACAGCCAGUAUGGGACGUGGACAGACCAGCGCCAGAGCGGGGAGAGUCUGGCUCCCGAGUCCCCGUCCCCAGACAGCAGUGCCGUGUCGGUGCGGAAACAGUUGCCCGGCAGCCGCCUGUCCUCCCUGUCCUCCCAGACGGAGGCCACCUCGGCCGGGGACCAGCACAGCGGCUCCAGGGACCAGCGGAGCACCAGCGUGGACCAAUCCAGCACUGACCUGGAAUCCACCGAUGGGACGGAGGGGCUGCCCCCGCCGGACGCUUGCCCUGCGAAGAGCGUGGACGACUUCUCCUUCAUUGAUCAAACCUCAGUCCUCGACUCAAGUGCCCUCAAGACCCGGGUGCAGCUCAGCAAGAGAAGCCGCCGCCGGGCUCCCAUCUCCCACGCCCUCCGGCGCAGCCGAGUCAGCGAGUCGGAGAGCAGGUCUCCUUUGGAGGACGAGGCUGACAGUGCGUGGAUGUUCAAGGACUCAACGGAAGAGAAAUCUCCCAGGAGGGAAGAGUCCGAUGAGGAGGAGAAGCCACACAGGGCCGAGAGGACCCCCACCGGCCAUCCCCAGAGGAUGCCCGUGUUUCCAGGCAUGGACCCGGCCGUGCUAAAGGCUCAGCUGCACAAGAGGCCAGAGGCAGACAGUCCCAGCGAGACCCCAGGCUGGACCCCCCAGCCCAAGACCCCCAAGUCCCCCUUCCAACUGGGCAGUCGUGUGUUGCCCUCCAGCAUGGAGAAGGACGACAGGUCGGAAGAGCCCUCUCCCCAGUGGUUAAAGGAGCUGAAAUCAAAGAAGAGGCAAAGCCUGUAUGAGAACCAAGCUUGAGCAGACGGGACACUGCCACGUCUAAUGAACAGAAGCCUUAACUGUCAGAACCUGAAGACGAGGCCACGCUGCUGCCA